AUGUCCUCUACCGCAUGGCGGCCUUUGAGCACACCGGCGAAGCACUCGCAGUUUUCUAUGGAUCUCUUUGAUAAGUGGCGUGAGGAACAGAACGCGGCUAUUGCAGAUCGCGGCAGUGAUGUUGACCCCGCCGUUGAGGAGGAACACAACGCCUUCAUGCUGCGACAGAACCUAAAUGCAUAUAUAUGCCAUAAACAGUUAGACGAGUACACAAAAUGUUUAGAGAAACAUCACUUAAUUGAACAUGAUGAUAAUCGUCACGAGAUCAACACCAAAAAUGGUAUAAAUGAGAAAACAUGUCGAUCUACACAUCGAGCUUAUGUCACUUGCAUGAGUUCCAAAGAAAACCAAGAUGCUCUUUUACAGAAUGCAGCACUUCACACUAACUGUACAAGUUAUCGUAUGGAUUUGAUGAAUUGUUUCGAUGCAAAUCGUGAGGAAGAAACCAAGACAUCAGAGCCACAGUGUGUUCCGUUUUAUCGUCGUUUAUUACGUUGUGGCUUAAACCAUUUGUGGAACGAUUACUGGCGUGCGCUAACUAACUUUGGAGAAGCAGAAGAUUACCAUCUCUACGAACUCUCACGUGAUGAAAACAAGAAACAAGAAUUCUUGCGUGUCAUUACAACAUCAGUAGAGCAGCAAAAGGAAUACCUUCGAAAAAAGAAUGAAGAAGAAAAAGGUUACUUUAUUUUUUCUGAAAAUGAAAAAGAAUAA